UUGGCGACGAAAUGCUAUAAAGCAGUAGGUGAUGAGGCUAGAAUAUUUUAUCUAAAGAAAACUGUCGAGUUAGCUUCAGCCAAAGGGAACGGGAGUAAUGAUGAAGGUUUAAAGAGUCCCGAGGUUCGUGCACGUCUAGCAAUAUUUGUGGGGGACUUAACCACCGCCGAAGAAUACUACGUACGUGGAGCCGCUCAGCCAGAAUUGGUCAUUAAUAUGUACAAGCAGUUCAAUGGAUGGGCAAAUGCCAUCGGCCUCGCUGGAAGAGUCGAUAGACAAGCGGUGACAUCACUCAGGCAGCAAUACAUGGACUAUCUCACGUCGUCUCGGCGAGGCGCGGUUCGUGUGUGGGUGACGCUCUGUUACAUCACCCCACACGAUCAACUAGUACAGGAGGAAUGGUGGGAAAUGGCUGGUGAAAUAUCCGAGCGUAAAGGUGAUAUCAGAACUGCUGUUGAUUACUAUUCUAGAGGCAACAACUACGCAGGAGAAGCCUGUCCUGAAGGAGAGUGGGGCGCGUGGCUUGUAUCAUCGCGACAGGCGGGCGCCGCUGUACCUCAUCUCAUAGAGGCUGCUCGAACCGUUAUAGAAGAUAAAGAAUCUAUUCGGGAGCAAAGUGAACAGUUGGGGGAUCUUUUUAUAUCUUCUCAAGAAUGGGAUACAGCGGAACGACUUCUCAUAUCCUGUGGCAUGGCGGAGAAAUGUGUAAGAGCGUACAAGGCCGCGGGCAAAGUGUCGGAAGGUCUACGUGUUGCCGCUACACAUGUGGCAGAAGAAGACAGACAGAUAUUUACUGACACUCGCUCAACAAUUACGACAGGAAGGGCGCUUUAG